UGUCAUGUACAUUCCACAUACCCUGACGGCGUGUGCAAGGGUUCGCGGUUAAAGUACGUGCGGAGUGGAUGGAUCUCCGUAUUUUUUUUUCCACCGAUUUUUUGAGUAAAGCAUCAUGGUAAUCCAGCAGGAGGUUGUGUCCAAGGCCGAAGAAAUUGCGGAUCAGGAUGACUUCCCCGGGGAGGACAGGUGGAUGUCAACGUCAGCAUUAUUGCAACUAUUGUUAUUUCCCAGUGGUGAUAUAUGGCUGAUUUAUUCUCGUGAUGUGAUAUCGCUAUGACGGAUGCGGUGGUAUGGUUUGUUGGGUACAGGUUAUAUUUCAGAAUUUCUUAAUUGACAAUGGUCCCAUAUUUUGGGGCUUUGUCGGACCCCGGGAUGAGUGGAGAGGUUCUGAGGGCCUUCAAUGAGGUGAUUUAAGGGGAUUUUCGGCGAUAGGGGAUUCGAGAAUUUGUCAGGGUGAAAGGGUGGAACUGUUGUCAGAGGGUGAAAGGGUGGAACUGCUCUUCAGGUCCUCGGUGAUGGGGUUUUGAGGGUUGAUGAACAUUAUGGUGAUUAUUUUUUGUCUUCGGAAGGAAUCACUUGAUGUGGCUGAGGAGAUCGGUUGCCACGUCUUGGUAGAUCUGAAUGUUGUCAGGAAAUACUUAAAAAGCAAUUAACACCUAUUGACUUUUCCCUAAAAUUUCAGAUUCCAAUUACGAUGCUCUUUGAAGUUUCAGGAUAACUGACGCUUGAUCGACGAUUUUCGUUGUCGAUUUUUUUUUCAUUUCUGUAGCGAUCUAUUAAUGUCUCUUGGUUGAACCAGUUUUUGGGAGAAAUCUGUUGUGACAUCUUGAUGCAAUCAGCCUUGUGAUGAGCUGUUCGAGUAAACGAUUCUAUAACACACAGUCGACGAAAUAAUGAAAUUCGAUCCAUCGUGACGACUGACCCGCUGGCAUAAUUUCUUAUUAUAAAUGAUAAUUCUCAAGUCACUUAAGUUUCCACUCACUACAUGGAUAUUCAAUAUAAAAUAACGAAGAAAUCAACCAAAAUGAGAAUUUUCAUCAAUUUUUUCCAAGAUGUUGAAUUUUCGCUGUCAACAGCCCUAUUACGACUACCUUCCUCAAUACCCAGCAACAGAGGUUGACUGAGCAAUUUUUUAAUGAAGCUGAAAGUAGCAAAAAAUUCACCAACUCAAAAUUCGAUUUGUGAAUGGAAUAUUCAAUGGAGGUGAUUCGUAAUGGGAAACAUGUGCUACCAACUCUCGCUCGUCUCUGCCUAAUCGCCACAUUCCUGGAGGAUGGAUUACGAAUGUGGUUCCAAUGGAAUGAACAACGGGAGUACAUGGACAUAUCCUGGGGCUGUGGAAAGUUCCUGGCGACGUUAUUCGUCCUCAUAAAUUUACUAGGACAAUUGGGUGGUUGUGUAAUGGUAAUCGGUAGAUUUAAAGUGAUGAUAGCCUGCGGAGUACUCUUCUUCAUUGUGGUCCUUCAGACAUUUGCCUACAGUAUCCUCUGGGACAUGCAAUUCCUCUUUAGAAAUCUCGCUCUCAUCGGUGCACUGCUUCUGGUCCUCGCUGAGUCCAGGGUCGAGGGGAGGUCGCUGUUCGCUGGGGUACCAACUCUCGGUGACAAUAAACCGAAGAAUUAUCUACAACUGGCUGGACGAGUCCUCCUGGCAUUCAUGUUCAUCACGUUGAUACGUUUCGAAGUGUCUUUCAUGCAAAUUCUUCAGGAUAUCCUUGGAAGUAUUCUCAUGGUUCUUGUCACCAUUGGAUAUAAAACAAAACUGAGUGCUCUUCUACUUGUUUUGUUACUCUCGGCCCUCAACUUUUAUCAUAACGCCUGGUGGACUAUUCCUGAUCACAAACCUUUGAGAGAUUUUCUUAAAUAUGAUUUCUUCCAGACAUUAUCAGUUAUUGGAGGGCUCCUGAUGAUCGUUUCUCUCGGUCCAGGUGGAGUAUCCAUGGACGAGCACAAAAAGAAAUGGUAGAGAGUGCCAUCAGGAUAAUGCUUUUACCUCCACUCUUCGUUACUGCGGCUCUUCCGGGUGUUGAUGCAUCGGGGGAAACCUCCCUUUUACUUCUCCUCCUCCCCGCAAUUUUUCCAUUUCAAUCGAAGUUCAAACUGGUUUAAAAUGAAAUCGAGUGCAUGGGAUCGAAUGAGUUCAUUGACAGAAUUCAUUACUCAUCAUGUAUUGCAAUGCAAGAUGGGAAAUAUUUUUCUUGAAUUAUGCGUACAGAAAUCAAUAGAAUAUAUGUUGACGAAACACGAAAAAUUAAAAUCAUAACAGACAAGACUAAUUUAUACUAUCAUAAUAAUAGUUGUAAUGAUUGUAAUGGCAUUGUACAUAUUACAGCGGUGAAACAUUUGAUUACAA